UGAGGGAGACCGGUGUCUGGGCAAAUAAAUUUUUGGUUCUCGCUGUAAAAGGAUGUGGCGAGCUGCAGCGAGGGGCGUCACCCCGCGGAUUAAGACCUCCAGUGUAGUGAAGCCAAUACAACAAAGAUGUAUGGCAUCUGGACCCCCUCCCCAGAAAGGUGGAGUUCUAAAGUGGUUUGUUCUGUUGCCUACAGCAGCUUUGGGAGGAGCUGCUGCCUAUGGUGAAUUUGUGGAUCCAGAAUUUAAGAAAGUGAUGGAGAAAAAUGUAUAUAGUCCAUUCCAAGAAUACGUUUAUGAUCCUAUAAAGGGCCUUGUAUCUGGUUCAGGGAAAGCUGCUGAAGAGGAACAAAAGCCGCUGGCUAAAAUCACCCCCACCCCACCUCAGCCAGUAACGAAGAAAUCAGAACCAAAGGCUGAACCAGUGAAGACCACAGUCAAAGAGACAGCAGUCAGCCCUGCCCCAGCCCAACCCACACUGUCUGCUAAAGAGAGGGAAAAAUUAGACAUAGAGCAAAAACUACAGCAACAAAGAGAGAAAGAAAAGGCUGAAAAUACAGCCCUGGAAUCCAAACUUAAGGACCUGAUGGAUUCUUGUAAAACUAGGCUCCAAGAGGCAUCAGAUCUACAGAAAGAUGUUAUUGAAGCAGUCAAACAACACUCCAAGGCCCUUCAAACUGCCAUGGAUGAUAAAACAGAUAUCCUGAACAAGGAAGGACAGUGGCAGGCUGUGUCCGAGGCCUUCCAGAAAAGAGAGGGGGUCACAGAUAAUGCCAAAAAAGUCAUGGAGUCACUCAGAUCAGAAAUGGACAAGUUAAAAUCAAUGGUAGAUGAAGCAAGGAACACCAAAUCAACAAAAAGUAACAAAGUCCUGAAUGCAGCUCAGGAGGCCUACAAUACAGCCAGUAGUAAACUAAAUGCCAUACAGUCAGCUAUAGCAAAGAGUGAGUCAGAGAAUCAGGGACUUCUAAAGUUCAAUGAUCUGGUGGAGGAAGGGAAAAAGAAAUUCCAGCGAGAACUCGAGAGUUUGAUGCCUGAUGUCAAACCGGGAAAAGGAAAGAAGCUGAGUGAAGAUGAAUUAAAUUCAUUGAUUGCACAUGCUCACAGACGUAUAGAGCAACUGCAGCACCAGUUGGCCAAUCACAUGGCUCUGGAGAAGGAACGAAUUCAGGAGGCGCUAGAAAGUCAAAAACGUGCAGACGACAAAGUGUGUGACAGAAGAAUUCAAGACGAGACACAGAAGAUAAAAAAUAGCAUUGAUCUCGAAAAACGCAAAUGGGAGGAAGAGGCCCAAGUUCAGCAUGAGGUGGACCUUCGUCAACAACUGGCUCGACAGGCCGCAGCCCACAGCGACCAUUUACAGGAAGUCCUGAAGGUCCAGGAACAAGAACUCUUACAGAAAUACGAGCGUCAGUUCAAUCUGAAGUUUAUUGAGGAGCGACAGGCUUUCCAGGCCGAGAUCGCUGGGUGGGUGGCGCGACUGAAAGGCAUCGAAACUGCAGUAGAGAACAGGGCUGCUGCUGAAAAGAUUGCCAGAGAGGCACAGGACCUUUGGCUAGCCAGCCUCGCUUUGAAUGGCAGCAUUCGCCGGGGUAAAGAGGAGGAGUUAGAUUGGGAAGCCCGCCUAAAGCCCCUAGGGAAUGAAAUUGUGGCAGUAUACGAUGCUGCCGGAAAUCACCCCUUUGUCAACAUGAUUGUAAGCACAAUCCCAGAGAAAGCUUAUGUACGUGGGGUUUGGACAGAGGAUACUCUGAGGGAACGAUUCGAGAAAGUCUCAAGUGUCUGUAAAAAAGUGGCGGCCAUUGAUGAAUGCGGAGGAACUCUGUAUAAGUAUUUUAUAUCAUACCUCCAGUCCACCUUUAUAAGUUUUAAAAGUUAUGACAUAAAGGGAUUACAUGACCAAGUUGACAUUGCUAGUAUGGACAAUUUUGAAAUUUUGGCCAAUGCUAAUUAUUGGAUGGAGAGGGGAGAUUUCGAAACAGCCGUCAGAUUUAUGAAUCAGCUGCAGGGCGAGGCCAGAAAGGUGGCAUCCGAUUGGUUAAAAGAGGCCAAGUUGCUAUUGGAAACACGACAAGCAGCCAUUGCUUUGACUGCCUUCGCAUCAGCAAGUGGUUUGGGAACAGUAUUUUGAAUUUGAUUUUUUUUUUUUUUUUGGAAUAUACAUGUAUGUGUUUAAGUAACCAGACAAUGUAAAAGAUGCUGUUUUGAUUUAUGGGAGAAAUAAAGAUGAUGAAUUACA